AUAUGGACACCUGGCUUGUUGCUUUUCUUUUCGUAGGUGCCCAGUUUUCCUACAGCUUUGGAUAUGAAGGGUCGGGGUAUUCAUCGUAUGGAGACGAUGAGGACUCGUAUGCACAUAGAUAUAAAGGAACACCUUGGUGUGCUCCUAUUAAGGUGAAGCACGGGCAGGUGAGCUGCCGGACCCCCCGGGGAGAGCACUACAGGAACGUGAUGGGCGCUCGCUGCAAGAUUCACUGCAACAAAGGCUACGAGAUGCAGGGACACCCAGAGGUGGUGUGCAUGGCCAGCAAGCACUGGUCAGGGAACUACGCCUGCAGAGAGAUCCGCUGUCCAAAGCUGACCAUGCCAUCCAACGGGGGCUACAAGUGUUCUGAUGGCUCCUACUUUAACUCCAGGUGUGAGUACUUCUGCUCACCUGGGUACACGCUGAAGGGAGAGCGAACUGUCACUUGCAUGAGCAACAAAGCCUGGACAGGAGGCCAGACUGCUUGUGUGGAUGUACAGCCGCCUGUGAUCAAAUGCCCCAGCAUAAAGGACAAGACGGCAGAACCAGGGAAGCUGACGGUGCGGGUUACCUGGGACACGCCGGAGGGCAAGGACACAGCAGAUGGCAUCCUCACAGAUGUAAUUCUGAAAGGGAAGCCACCUGGGACUGAGUUCCCAGAAGGAGAUCACAAGAUCUCCUACACAGUGUUCGACCGCGCGGGGAACAAAGCCUCCUGCAGAUUCUCAGUGCGAGUGCGAGUACGGCGCUGCAACCCAUUGACCCCUCCCGACAAUGGCUACAUGAAGUGUGAUGGCGAUGGGGAUAACUACGGUGCCACCUGUGAGUUCACCUGUAUGGGCGGGUACGAGCUGCAGGGCAGCGGCGCGAGGGUGUGCCAGUACGGCAUGACCUGGUCUGGCACCGAGACGUCCUGUUCACCCAUGAACAUCAACGUGGGCGUGCGCACGGCGGCUGCCCUGCUGGACCAGUUCUAUGAGAAGCGGCGCGUGCUAAUUGUGUCUGCCCCGACAGCUGCCAAUCACUACUACAGGUUUCAGAUGACCAACCUGCAGCACGCACAGUGUGGGCUGGACCUGAGGCACGUGACGGUGGUGGAGCUGGUUGGGACCUACCCAGCACAGAUCGGCCGCAUCCGACACAGACUCAUCCCCCCUGGCCUAGCCCUGCAGCUCAGGCUGCUGUUGCAGAUCUCCCAUAACAGCUUUAACAUGGUGCUGGUCGAUAAGCAGGGCGUGGACAAGAUGCGCUACACCUUCCCCAUCACUGCGGCAGAGCUCUUCACCACCAUUGACACCUUCCCCCUGCGAAAGGACGAGAUGGUGAUCCAGCAGCAGGCCGGCCAGUCCUGCCAGCCCUGAUCAGCCCAACCCACCCAGCUCAUCACCACAUCACUGUCAGACAGCAGUGAGGACAUGGUGGGGGAGGAGUCUAAUGGGGAGAAGAUGGUGUAGGGAGGAGUCUAGCAGUAAG